AUGGCGGCAGUACCGCCGGAGCGCCUUCGCAUUCCGGCUAUCAAACUUUAUGCAGGCACGAGUGACCCGAGUAAUCAUCUGGAUCUCUUCGCUUCUCAUAUGAUGGUGCAGGAUGCAUCCGACUCAAUGUGGUGUAGAGUCUUCUCUGCUACCCUGGAAGGACACGCACGUGCUUGGGAGGCCUUAAGCAUUGAGAGUUUUGACCAAAGUGUGGCAAUGGUGGCAUUUCAAAACGCCUUGAGGCCGGGCCGAUUUGCCCAAUCGUUGGCCAAGACUCCUCCCCUUACCUUUACGGACGCUCUUAGUCAAGCAACAAAGUAUAUUAAUGCGGAGGAAGUUAUGCAGGCGAAACGGGCAGAGCAUGCCGAAAACAGGGAAAAGAAAAAGCUCUUCAAGGAGCAUAAAAAUAGUAGCCGAAGAGAGAAGCCGCGUCCCCGAUGGGACCCUAGUAGGUAUACCCCAUUGACUGUCCCGAGGGCGGAGAUCCUCGCCACCACUGAGGGCAAGGAUUACUUGAAGAAGCCAUUACCCAUGAGGGCCCCAUCAGAUCAAAGGGACAGAGAGAAGUAUUGUCGUUUCCAUCGUGAUCAUGGGCAUGACACGGCGGAUUGUUAUCAAUUGAAGCAGGAGAUUCAGGAACUUAUUAAUAGAGGUUACCUGAAGAAGUUCAUAGCCCGAGAGCCGAACAUCCGAAGGGAGUAG